GGCUCCUACGGAGUGGUGAAGCUGGCUUACAACGAGGAUGAUAACACCUACUAUGCAAUGAAGGUUCUCUCCAAAAAGAAGCUGAUGAGACAGGCGGGGUUCCCCCGCCGCCCACCGCCCCGCGGGGCCAAAGCUGCCUCCGAGGGCUGCGUGCAGCCCAAAGGGCCCAUCGAACAGGUCUACCAGGAGAUCGCCAUCCUGAAGAAGCUGGACCACCCCAACGUGGUGAAGCUGGUGGAGGUCCUGGAUGACCCCAGCGAGGACCACCUGUAUAUGGUGUUUGAGCUGGUGAAGCAAGGCCCCGUGAUGGAAAUCCCAACCUUGAAACCUCUCAGUGAGGACCAGGCUCGGUUCUACUUCCAGGAUCUGAUCAAGGGCAUCGAAUACUUGCACUAUCAGAAGAUAAUCCACCGGGAUAUCAAACCUUCCAACCUGCUCGUGGGGGAAGACGGGCACGUCAAGAUCGCCGACUUCGGAGUGAGCAACGAGUUCAAGGGAGCCGAUGCCCUCUUAACCAACACAGUGGGCACCCCUGCCUUCAUGGCCCCGGAGACACUCUCGGAAACCAGGAAAAUCUUUUCCGGAAAGGCUUUGGAUGUCUGGGCCAUGGGGAUCACGCUGUACUGCUUCGUGUUUGGGCAGUGCCCUUUCAUGGAUGAAAGGAUCCUGAGUUUACACAACAAAAUCAAGACCCAAACAUUGGAGUUUCCAGACCAACCAGAAGUUACAGACUUCUUGAAGGAUUUGAUUACACGGAUGCUGGAUAAAAAUCCUGAAUCUAGGAUUUCGGUCCCAGAAAUCAAGGAAAGUACUGUGCAACAGCCUUUCGCAGGAGAUUUCUGGUCCUCCGCCCCUGCAGGAGCCUGGAAGGGGCGAGAAGCUGAGAAAAUGGAGACUAAGUUGCACCCUUGGGUCACGAAGAACGGAGCGGAGGUGCUGCCCACGGAGGAUGAGAACUGCACCCUCGUCGAGGUGACGGAGGAGGAGGUGGAGAAUUCGGUCAAGCACAUCCCCAGCCUGGCUACCGUGAUUUUGGUUAAAACGAUGAUCCGGAAGCGAUCCUUUGGGAACCCGUUCGAGGGGAGCAGGAGGGAGGAGCGGUCGUUGUCUGCCCCUGGGAACCUGCUGCCGAAACAAGGCAGUGAAGAUAAUCUGAAAUGCAAUGACUUGCCCAACGUGGGAGAGGAGGAACUUCUUUCGUGA